UUCAUACUCCAGCAUCGAAUCUCCCAUCUGACUCACAGCCAGCCAGCGCACUCCUCGCUUGUUUCGGUUAGAUCAAUAGAAAUUGCAAAUUAAAAUUGAUCAGAUGGCAACAAUAGCUGCAGUAAUUUUACUGCUUGGCUUCAUCCUCACUCCUCUUCAGGCUAAUAAUGUUUCUAUCUCAUGGGUUCAAAACGCCACCGACAAAGGCGCAGUUUGUUUAGAUGGAUCUCCAUCUGCAUAUUAUUUUGACAAAGGCCAAGGGGAGGGAGCCAAUAACUGGCUCAUUUACUUAGAAGGGGGAGGUUGGUGCGUUAAUCAAACAGACUGCCUAGUGCGCACUACAUAUAGUCGAGGUUCUUCCAAGCAUAUGCAACAAUCUAUCGACUUUAUAGAUUUUCUUUCAAACAAUUUCACAAAAAAUCCAGAAUUCUACAACUGGAAUAGAGUCUAUGUUCCAUACUGUGAUGGAUCGUCGUUUACGGGUGAUAUUGAAGCACCUGACACGGUGACCAAUGUGACAUACAGAGGUGCUAGAAUUUUUAAAGCCACGAUGGACGAUCUAUUGUCUAUGGGAAUGAAUUGUGCCGAAAAUGCACUUCUUACUGGUUCUUCAGCGGGGGGAUUGGCAACAAUGAUACAUUGUGAUCGAUUUCGAGAACUCCUCCCACUAUUUGCUAGAGUAAAAUGUCUCCCAAUCGCAGCGUAUUUUGUGCACGAGGAAAACCUAUUGGGGAGCAAACAAUUUGAGCCGGCAUUUGAUGCAUUGAUUGAUUUACAUGGAUCAGCCGGAGUGCUACCUCCACUGUGCACUUCAAUAAUGAGGCCGAGUCUUUGCUUGUUCCCGCAAUAUCUAUUGUUGUUUGUGAAGACACCCGUUUUCAUAGCUAUGUCAGCAUUUGACCAAAUCCAGAUAAGGAUGAACUUGUUUCGUGAAGACGAAGUGUGCUUAGUAAGCCACAAUUGCACCGAUGAUCGGAAGGUGGCAAUGCAAGAAUUGAGAUGGGAUGUAUUAGCUGCACUGCCAAAAGCUCUUCCAUUAUUUAGGGGGAUGUGGAUUACUAACUGUAUUGCUCAUCAUUUGAUUUACUUUUCAACGCUAAAAAUCAUAGGGAACAAGACCUAUGCUGAGGUAUUUCACGAUUGGUAUUUCGAUUACAAUUACUUGCAAGUGAUUGAUACAACUUUAGAGCCAAGAGAUUGCUCUGAAUAUGGCAUAUAUCCUCAAGCAUUGAAUUGA